GAGCUUGUUCACGAACAAAUGAUUUUUUUUAUUUUUUGUUUUUUUAAAUUAAAUAGCACAGCUGAAUUUAUUCAUGAUCGAACAUAUUUUUUUUAGAUUUAUUUAAACGACUCAAUUAUUAAACGUGAUCUCGAACACGAGAUGAUCAAACUCGGCUCGAUUCGACUAGAAUAACAUCCCUCAAGUCAAAGUAAAUCGCUAAUUUUGUACUUUUGAAUUAUUGAAGCAAAAAAGGCACUGUAUUUCUUCCCAAAAACCUCCCUAAAAUCUCAAUUGAAUUUGAACUCCAUCUACCCUAAAGCAGACUAUCGCACAGACUGAAAUGAAAAUGCAAGAAGAGGACAAGACAAGAGGUGAAAGUGAACAACUCGACGGCGUCGACGACGACGACGACGGGCCGCCGCCUGGGUUUCAAUGCAUCAUCAGCAGACAGCCGCCGCCACAAUCCCAACCAGCUGAAGAAAUUAACAAAGAAGAAGAUGAAGGUGAAGAUGAGGGCCCACCUCCUGGAUUUGAACCAGUUGCUCCGAAUUCCUCGUCCCCGCCACCUUCUUCUUCUGAUACGGAAGGAAAGAACAAAGAAGAUGAGACUGAUGAUGGUGAAGACGAUGAAGGGCCACCACCUGGUUGGGAGUUUGGUGCUCUCGUAAAUGCAUUGGCAAAACCAACUUCAGACACAACAACUGAUAUAAAAACGGAGAGCAAUGAAGAGUUGGAUGAAGGGCCUCCACCUGGUUGGGAAAUCAUGAUGCCACGUCAGCUGCCACGUCAGAUGCCACCACCAUGCACGCCUCCCUUACAAUCAUCAUCAUCAUUGUCUCCUAACAUCACAGGUAUUGAAAUCGCGGGCAAACAAGAAACUAUGAGAAAUUACGAUGAAGUCCCUCCAUCAGUCUCUCAGUCAAAGCCCACAUCAGGGCAUUAUCUGCUGCCUACACCACCAUCGUCAGAAGUGCCUAUCGGGAACAAAAUAUACAACAAAAAAGUCCGGAUCAAAAGGCCAACUUCUGGAAAUCACCUUUCAUCUCCAUUACAGCAACCGAGACCCAACUCCCGCCCAUUAUCACAACCUGUACAGCCAUCAUCAUCCGGGAAGGCCCAGCUCGUUUGUGGUACAUGCCGAACAUUGUGUUUGUACCCCAGAGGGGCAAAUUGGGUAAAGUGUCCCGGUUGCCAGGAAGUCAACUUUGUCCUUGAAGCUCAUGAAGUUGGCCAAGUGAAGUGCGGAAGUUGUGAGGUUCUGCUUAUGUAUCUGCACGGAGCUCCAGCCGUGCAAUGCACUUCGUGCCAUUUUGUGACUGAAAUCGAGGCCCACAAUGCUCGACCUCCGCUUUCGGUUCAGCAGGCCCAGAAAUUGGGCCGUCAUGCAAACCGGGCCCGAUAGGAUGCUCUCAUGUUCAAGCCUUAAAUUUCAUGAUGUAUAGCUGCCUGUGUAACUGGCCAUUACAGCUUUCACUGGAUUUAGUGUAUGGGCCUUGAAAGGCCCAUUAAGAUUGAAGUGGUAGCUGAAAAAUGGGCUUUCUUUGAGAUUCAGGAACAUGGAUUCACAUUUUGCUUUAUAAAACAUGGGUUUCUACUUUCUAGGAGAUUCAAACAGUUAUGGGAUAUUAUUUUCUAUUUCUUUUUGGUUUUACAACAGUACAGUGG